UUGCAAACAACCACGAUGAUGUUGAUGACGAUGUUUUUUAAUGCUAUAUAGUACAAAAUCAAAUCAAUCUUACCAGAUCAUAUAAUACUGAUCACCUACCUUUUUAGGCCUUUAUUUAAUCUGUCGUCCAUUAAUAAGACAGGCAUGCAUUAGGAAAUCUUCAACUACAGCAACUUAUUCUUAAAACUCCAGUCCAGACCAAAUGGGCUAGGCCCAGAAUGAUUUGGUCCAACUAUAUGAGCUAAGAAAAACAUGAAUCAAAUCGGGAAGAUAAUAUCGUGAUCUCAGUAUCUUUCUAUAAUCUAACUGAUUUCUAGAAGAACAAAAACAAUUGAAAUGGCAGCUUGUGUUCUGCACAGCAGAAUUCAGGGGCUUAACUACCGAGGGAUAACCGACGGAAUCGGUGCGAAACAUCGCCCGGUACGGCGCAGUAAAGCAUAUUUGGGACAAGCAGAAGAGAAAGUAAGCAGUGUUAGUCUGGGGAGCCUGAGAGCUAAUUCCCCUAUUCCAAGCCCAAGAGAGGCCGGGUGGGAUUAUCGGAAACGGAAAAAUAAAGAAGCGGAGAUCCUCUGGGACAUCGAGCCUAUCCUUCUGCUCACAAAGCAUAUUCUUCAAUCACCUAGGUACAUGGAUGGGGAGAGACUCACUGUCGGGGAUGAGAAAGCUGUAGUUGAUAAGCUUCUUGCCUACCAUCCACGUUUUCAAGAUAAAGUUGGAUGCGGCCUUCAAUCUAUUAUGGUUGAUCGACAUCCCCAAUUUCAAAACUCAAGGUGUCUUUUUGUUGUAAGAACUGAUGGUGGUUGGAUAGACUUCUCCUACCAGAAGUGCCUUCGGGAAUACAUCAGAGAUAAGUACCCAGCACAUGCAGAAAGAUUCAUUCGUGAACAUUUUAAGCGUGGGAGCCGUUAAUUACGUAUUUAUUGCAACUUGACUACAAAUUUUGGUGUGUCCAUGUGUGUUAAUGGGGCUACUUCUUUUUUCCUUUUUUUUUUUUUUUCCUUUUCAUUCUUUCUUCCAGUUUUCCCCAGUUUUCAAUUUUACCUACCCCGUUGUAUGGAUUCUUGUGGUUGUACAUAAUCAUCGACUGGCAUAGCAAGCUUAUUAUUGAAGGGGAAAUAGAAAUUGACGGUAUAAGCAGAAAUUGGUGAAUUGUUGACUUUGUAGUCUCGGACACGGAAAUCAGAAAAUGAUGCUUAACCUUCAA